AUGGGUGUCACUAAUCUCCCAAAAACACUGAAGGAAUGCGGUGGUCAGGUCGAGACUCGCUUCAAGAACCCCGGCGCGAUGACACAUGUUGACUUCAUGUCUCGUUUCUUUCGGCUUGUGCAAGUCCGAGUAUUCAACAUCGUUCAAACCCGCAUCAAGAACGACAUCCCCUACCAGCCUGACAGCCAAAAGCCCAAUCAACCCCAUGACACGUACAACUUUAAUGCUACCAACAAGAGACGGAUCCUCGACGAACACCAGCCUCCGACAGCCGUCCCCAACCACCACACCCAUGUUCCCUAUGACCCAACCCUCACCCUAGACCAGCUUAUUGAAUUGUCCAUCCAGGAACUGGAUCCGACGGCAUUGUACGCACACUCUGAUGGACUCUCGACAUCUCCAAAGGAGGAGAACAAGUUGGAAUACCGAGCGGUUGCGUUCGUUCUGGAUUCGGUACUCUCCAAGAUUCUGGUGAAGGACCAAACGGUUAUUCACAUUGACGGGCUGCCCUCAGAAGAGAAGCGGGAGGAGCAUCGGAGAAGAAACGCAGCUCUAGGAAGGACGUUGACAAAGCUGGAACAGGAUGUGAGCAAGACAAACUGCAAGCCGGGCCGCUCACUAUUGAAACGGUGCAGGAACGCAUAUCGAACACCGAGAUCAACCAUGGAGAGCGAGAUCUUCCUAGGGCUCACAAGACUCGGCUGGAAUCUUCACCAGUGUCUUCAUCAAGCAGACACUUGCCUGGCUCGAGUGUGUCAGGUCUCCCCAGACCCAAGCCUUUUGAUUCUUAUCACACGAGACAGCGACAUCAUUGUCUACGAGGGGGUCCAGUCCAUCACCUUACCGGUUGGCAAGUCCCACGAGCUCAUGACCGUUACCAAGGAUUCCGUCCUACGCUGCUUGGACCUACCCUCGGAACAGCACCUCCUCCUCGCGUGUAUGGUGACGAGCAACGAUUACGUUCGCAACAUUCCAUAUUUUGGUUUGAUGCUGAAUUGUGAGAUCGUUCGCAGCAUGGAUCUGUCAGGACUUUCUCCUCUCGGGGAGGUUUACAACAACAAGAAACGAGCCAAGGAGAUUCAACACUAUAUCCAGCAGUACAUCGAACUUGUCAACAAGCAUCUAUCACAACAAACACGAUGGAAAUCCGGGAAGGGCAGAAAAAGGCAAACGACAGUCAACACUGGUGUCGACCACUAUCGCCACGCCAUCACCGCAUUCGUUGAGCGAACAGAGUCGGAUGUACUAAAUCCUAUCGAGCCCAUUGACAACACCCCUCCGGCUCACGAAAUUGUCGUUGCUAUACUGGAAAAACUUCACCAGGCAGGCAAGCAGCAGAAACAGCAUGAAGCCGACAUUGCCGACACCACCACGUUCGACAGCGUCUCAUCAACGUCGGAGCGACAAUAUCGAGUAUCGAUCAAAACGGAGCCAGAGCCGACCUCUGGGACUGAUCGCGAGACCUCAAAGUCCUCCACCUCAUCCAGCAUACCAUCAGCGCUUUCGGCAGCCAAUCGGCCACCAGGCAAAGCAAAAAGGAAGAGAUCGUUGAGGCAGCAGGAACGACAAAUGGAACGAAGGCGUCAGCACAGGAAGAAGACAUCAAAGUACAGAACAUGGAAAAGUUCGAAGUUCAAGUCAAGAACCGACCUGGACCAGCGGUACUCGGUGCGCAGGAUUACGAUUGCGGAUGCCACUAUGGUCGACCCUGCAGAGUUGGCCAAAAUGACGCCAGCUGUACCGAAGCUCAAGAACACACCAAACAAACCCCCGUCGAAUACCGGUCCACAAUCAUCUUCAAGCUCGUCAUCGUGCACCCCACCCUCUCACAGCACUGAGAGUGUCGCCGUCACACCUUCCACAGCCACCCCCAAGGCCACCUCCAAGAAGUCCAGAAAGAAACCUAGGAAGCCCCGCAAGCUCAAGGCACCUGCGCCCGCUCAGAAGGCCGCAUUUGGUGCUGCCUUUGCAGUGUCGACGCAGAGACUCGGAAGUCUUCGAGGCUGUUUACGCCGCGCAUUAUUGCCAAUGUCCGAGGGAGCUCAGCUACCUCUAUACGCGACGGGUGAUCGCAAGACUCUCGAGGACGCAGAUUUCACUGCUUUGGCCAUGAGGUUGACUGAUGCUGUGGACGUCAUGAACCAGGCUUCAGCUGUCGUCUAUCGCAUGCUGGAGAUCACUAUCUGGGAUGAGCUUUUACGCGGUUCGAACGGCAUCGCAGGUGAUGGACAACCGGAGCCGGACUGUGUGAUCGGGGAGGUGACGCUCUCUGGUGGGAAGGCUACCGUCGUCUCAGGAAGUUCGGAGGCAGGGAGCGAGGAGUUUGAUAUUCUGGAUCUUCUAUUGCAGAAUUCAGCGGGAAUGGCUCUUAUCAAACACCUAUACGCUCUAGCAUUAAACGGCAAGAUGGACAACAGAGGACCCAAGACCAAGAAAUCCGCCAGCAAGGCCGUUAAGGCGAUCGCUCAACGCACCUACGCUCGCCUGUUGCGGAUUGUUCCCGGGUACAAGCCGACCAACACCAAUCACAUACAAAUGGGGCGACCGAUAGUUGCAGCCGCCAAACAAGUGAUAGUGUGCCUCAGGACUCACGUUCGACAAAUGCCUUUCACCAUUGGAUCAAGGAUGCUAAAAUGUGGAUGGGUUAAGGAGACCUUGCCUGAAGGCUCCUUCAAGGAUGAUGAAGCGUCGGACGAGAUGGUGGAUCCAGGAGCAGAUCAGGGCGACAGUGACGUGAUGGACGAUGCGGACAAUGAUAACGAUGAUGACGCGGAAGUUGGGGUAGUGGACGAGGAUCCCUCAACAAGUUUUUCAACAGGAUACAUCUAUCACUGGUGGCGACAAGCAACUCACCUCCCUUCUUCGGCGCGCCCGGUCUUCUGUCUUCGGCGCCCUUUCAAGAGCUGCUUCGUCAUGUUGGAGGAACGAGCCUUGCCACAGAUCCUUUGGGGAACAAGCCAAAAGUUUCCGAAUCCCGCUAGGGCGUCAGCCGACAAGAUCAUGACCACAAAGAUGGCGCACACGCUAGUGGAUCAGGAGUAUGGACAUUUGAUCAAGAUACUGUUUUACGGAGACCGGCAAAGGAUUCGGGAUUCAACAUCCGUGUGGCAAACCAGCUAUGGAAAACGAACGUCUACAAUGGACGACCUCUCCAACGCCAACAGUGGCGUCUAUGGAACUGUGGCUCUUCAAUCGUAUCUGUCAGCCAAGUUUGACUACAUCAGCUACGCCAGCGUAUGCCGCGACCAAGACCGGGCAUGCGACAGGACCCCGCCGCCUCUUCCUACCGACACCAGCACGGACCGAUACGCCCUCUCGAAUGUUAUAUUGACCAAUGGGCUGCAGCUACAUACACUUUGCUUCGAUACAUCAAAACCUUUCCGAUCUCGAACGUCUUUCGCUCCUAUCUACCGCAUCGAGCGACAAUUUCCUACGCUACAAUCAAUUCUGGACGCCUUUGGAGUAGAUUCAGUGGAAGAACUUGACGUAUGGGGGGUCGACCCGGGUGAAGUCAACUCUGCCACAUUUUGUUGUCUUGAGCGUCAGAUCCAGAAAUCAAGCGGUGCUACGACCAACUCAAGCAAGGAUACUGUGGAUCGACCCGAGGACGAAGUCGACAGCCUCAUCCUACCUCCCUCAGUCGUCGCGAACAAUCUGGUCGUUAGCCGACUUGCGCUAUACAGUCCAAUAAUCGCACAUCGCAACCAACUGAACAACAUCAAGCAGCAUCGACCGGUUCUCCUUCCAGGACAGGAGACGACUCCAGAUCUUUGGGCCAAAGCAGACCUUGACCGCGACAAGACUGGCAUAUCCAUCCCGUCUAUCAAGGAUGUCGAGAACCUGGUUCUUCCCUACCAGUAUGAUUCCAAAGAAGACCACGAGAAGGCACUCCAACGGGCCUUUCUUGUUCGUUCCGUCUUGCAGGGCUUCUACGCCUCCGACCGGAUUCGCAAGUUGAACUGGGAACUUACCAAGUGGAAGGAUGCCGAGAUAGAUUGGGCGGUUGAUGGUGUGCUGAGGAGCUGUACAAGGAAAACGCUAUUCUGUUACGGCAAUGGCAAGUUCAGAACGGGUCUCAACUUGGCGUCCAUGCACGAGUCAUUCAAGGGCCGAUUUGCGCAAAAGGCAGUGGCUGCAGGGCACAUUGUUGUACUGGUCGAUGAAAUGUUAACAUCGACCAUGUGCCCAACAUGCGUGGAGCUCGGGGUAACCUCGCGUCUAGCCAAGCCAACCAUGCGGUCAUGCGCAUGUUUGAGCUGCGGUCGGUGGCUGCACCGAGACAUUGUCGGUGCACACAACCUGGCUAUCGAAAUUUGGGAAGGAUUUCUUUCGUCCCAAAAAGGCCAUAAGACCACUGUCUUCACUGCAUCUUCAACUUCCACAGCCAUGGACAACAUCAGUCCUCCACAGGAUCUUCAACAUCUACCCACACCGACAACAUCAGCCAACCAGCCAUCUCGGAAAAGUCCAUUUCUCGGAUUCACUGACAACUCCAAACAAGACGAGUUCUUGGUCCAAGCGUUGGCGCAUCACAAUCCCUUCAAGGCGGAUCAUGGGGAGAAAGGAGCAACAUGGGACCGGGUGCUUGGGUAUUUGAUGACUAUCGACGAAGUAAGAGCUAGGCAUGGUCAAGCUUCGAUGUUUGCAGGUGUUACAACCAAGACCUGUCGGAGUCGUUGGGAGGCUAUUUUCGCCAGGCACCAGAAGCGCAUCGAGACCGUUCUCGAAAAAGCAGGAAGUGUUCCCAUUGAGACUGAUCAUGAUCGACGCGUCGACAACCUUUAUAACGACCAAGUGGAGAACGACAAAGCAAAGUCGGCAUCCAAGGAGAUGAAUGAAAAGAAGCGGAAACGGCAGCAACAAAAUAGAGCCUUAGGCGCCGCGCUACGCCGUGCCUCUCUUGAUAAGGCCUGCUACCGAUUCAGCCCCUCCUCAGUUGAUGAUGGCGGCUUCACCUCUAGCGCAUCUUCACCAGCUCAGGUUGAGGGUCCUUCUACUUUUCAGCCAACUGAAUCGUCUUCAUCUCGAUCUUCCGACCCACAGUCGUCUCACUCAGCCGGGUUUUCACAGACUGCUCGAUCGAGAACGGUGGCGACAGGCAAGGUCAGGAUUGAAUCCGAUUACAAGAGAAGGAAACGUAUUACCGAAGACGUUAAAAAAAUGAGGAGCAACAUCAUCAAGGACGACAUCAAGAGGCACGAGGAUACGGAGACCAAGCGUCAGCAACAAACAGACGACAUUGUCCGCACCAUACAGGAAGGCAAUCGAGGCUUGAUCAUGGCUAUGGAGGAGAAUAGUGCUAAACAAAACAAAGUGCUCGACACUAUGGCCAUCCUCCUUCAAAAGCUGGUUGAGAAGUGA